AUGAACGGUUACGCAGUUGGUGGUGGUUUGGAGUUAGCAUUGCUGUGUGACCUGCGAGUGGUGGAAAACCGAGCGACUCUGGGAAUGUUAAACCGGCGAUUUGACAUCCCGCUGAUCGACGGUGGCACUGUGCGUUUGCCGCGGCUCAUCGGCCUGUCGCGGGCGCUGGAUCUCAUCAUUACCGGCCGCAAGAUCGACGGCGAAACCGCGUUUAAUUGGGGAAUCGCCAACAGACUAGUCGAUACUGGAACCGCGCUUGGCCAGGCCUUGAAUCUCGCUAGGGUUAUUGCGGACCUGCCAAUGGCUUCUAUAUUGGCCGAUCGUCGAUCUGCUUAUUUCAGCUCGUACGAUGCGGGUUCGUUAGACGAUGCGCUUGAUUUCGAAAUGGAAUGUGGUCUGAAGUGCCUAAACAAUCAUUGUUCAAUCAGUAAGUUUCUGUAA